AUGGCUUGGAAUACCAACCUGCGUUGGAGGCUGCCUCUCAUCUGCUUCCUCCUGGAGGCUGCUAUGGUCAUCCUCUUUGGGGUAUUCGUUCGCUAUAAUCCCGAAGCCGACCCUCAUUGGGAAGAAGAGAAGAGGCAGCACAAUAUCUCUAGUGACAUAGAGAAUGACUUCUACUACCGCUAUCCAAGCUUCCAGGACGUCCAUGUGAUGAUCUUUGUUGGCUUUGGGUUUCUGAUGACCUUCCUGCAGCGCUACGGCUUCAGCUCUGUCGGCUUCAACUUCCUCCUUGCAGCUUUUGGCAUCCAGUGGGCCCUGCUGAUGCAGGGCUGGUUCCACUCCUUCGAAGAUGGCCACAUCCUCAUCAGCGUGGAGAAUCUCAUCAAUGCCGAUUUCUGCGUGGGCUCCGUCUGCGUAGCCUUCGGGGCAGUCCUGGGCAAGGUCAGCCCCAUUCAGCUGCUCAUCAUGACCCUGAUCCAGGUGACCCUGUUCUCAGUCAACGAGUACAUUCUUCUCAACCUGCUUCAUGUGAAGGAUGCUGGAGGCUCCAUGACCAUCCAUACUUUUGGUGCCUACUUCGGGCUCAUGGUGACCUGGAUCCUGUUCCGGCCCAAUCUGGAGCAGAGCAAAGAGCGUCAGAGUUCUGUGUACCACUCCGACCUGUUCGCCAUGAUAGGCACUUUGUUCCUGUGGAUGUACUGGCCCAGCUUCAACUCAGCAGUGUCCAAGCACGGUGAUGCCCAGCAUCGAGCGGCCAUCAACACCUACUGCUCACUGGCGGCCUGCGUGUUGACCACUGUGGCUCUCUCCAGUGCCCUGCAGAGGAAAGGAAAGCUGGACAUGGUGCAUAUCCAAAAUGCCACACUGGCUGGGGGUGUGGCAGUGGGAACGGCAGCUGAGAUGAUGUUGAUGCCCUACGGGUCCCUCAUCGUGGGCUUCAUCUGCGGCAUCGUCUCCACCUUUGGCUUUGUCUACUUGACGCCCUUCCUGGAAUCCCGGCUGAGGAUCCAGGACACCUGCGGCAUCCACAACCUGCAUGGCAUGCCUGGCAUCAUUGGAGGCAUCGUGGGCUCCGUCACUGCGGCCACCGCCAAUGUGGGCAUAUACGGGAAGGAAGGGUUCAUCAAAGCAUUUGACUUUGAAGGCCCCAAAAGCGACUGGACCAGUCAGAUACAAGCUGGGUACCAGGCGGCAGGCAUCUUUGUGUCUUUGACAAUGGCCAUCGUGGGAGGUGCCAUUGUGGGGGUCAUUUUGAAAUUUCCUCUCUGGGGAGAUCCAGCUGAUGAGAACUGCUUUGAAGAUGAAGUGUACUGGGAGGUACCCAAGGACGAGGAGAGUCAUAUGUACCGCCCGGAGGAACCUGCCCUGAAGCCAGUGGCUUCCUAACCGGGACACCCGGCUACAGGAGAACCAGGCCAGCAAAUGUAAGCCUCAAGAGAACAGCCACAACUUCCAGUCUUGGAGCCAGAGCAACAAGCAGGUGGUGUGGGGACGGUGACCCCCAUGCCAUUUAUCACCAGCCUGGACCCCGGUGCUCUCCAGCCCUCAUCUUCUCCUCUCAGGGUGGGGUGUCCAUCAGGGUCUCAGUGAAUAAAUGGCCACGAAGUGGUUUGUAAAAAAGAAAAAAAAAUCCACGAAGCUGUGUAGGCCUACGUCAACAGGGAAUGCUUCAUGGGGCAUCCAGGUUGGGAUCCAGGAGAUGGGGUCACCAGCCUGAGGCCUGGGCAGCAUGAGCCUCUACCUGAGGUUCAAGAAAGCUAACUCCAAGCCCGAGAGGGCUUUCUAUUGGUGUUGUCCUUCAGGUGGAUCUGUCUUGAGCCCCUCACAACAGCCCCUCCAGCUCUCCCCCAAUCAAUCAGUGGUAUUUAUGGAGCAUUUACUGUGUGCAGAGC